CAUCGGAGAGCCUUUUCGAUUUAUCAAACCCAUUUACCGGGGUGUUGACGAAAAUGAAUGAGAAAGAACUGCUCCAUGGGCUGAAUGACCGUUUCGCCGGAUUCAUAGAGAAGGUGCGUCAAUUGGAGCAUCAAAAUGAAUUGUUUGAGAGGGAAAUCGAGGAAAUCAAACUAAAGGCAAAGUCCCCUGCGUCUCUGGCCCAGGAGCACGAGCUGGAACUUAUGGACCUGAGGAACCUAGUUCAUGACAUCACCCUUCAGAAGCGUCAAAUCGAAAUAGAGCAUCAGAACCUGGAGGAAGAUCUCCUCACCUUGAGAGACAAGUACGAGCAGGAGGCACGUGACCGCUCGGAUGCAGAGAACGGCAUCCUUGUGCUGAAAAAGGACGCCAACGAUGCAUACCUCGCCAAACUUCAGUUGGACAAGAAAGCGCAGUCUCUGGUGGACGAGAUCCACUUCCUGAAGAAGAACCAUGAGGACGAGAUAUCAGAAAUGGUGGCCCAGAUCCAAGAGGCUCAAGUAACGGUCAAGGUGCAUGACUUUGGCAAACCUGACAUCACUACAGCUCUCCGGGACAUCCGUGUGCAGUUAGAAGGUCACUCCAACAUUCAGCAGGCCGAGGAGGGCUUCCUCCAGUUCGCAAAGUUAACCAAAGCGGCAGAGAGCAACAGAGAGGCGUUGAAGGCGACCCAGCAGGAGAUCCAGGAGAAUAGAAGGCGCCUGCAGGGGAAAACAAUUGAACUGGAAUGUGGGAAAGGAAUCAGAGAGGCCCUGGAAAAACAACUACAAGACCUGGAGGAGCGUCACUAUGCGGAAAUGAUUCAUUACCAGGACACUAUCAGGCAGCUGGAGAAUGAGGUGACCAAUGCUAAACUAGACAUGUCUGGCUACCUGAGAGAGUACCAGGACCUGCUGAAUGUCAAAAUGGCUUUGGAUGUGGAGAUCCUCUCUUACAGGAAACUCCUGGAGGGUGAGGAGUCCCGUCUGUACACCAUCUCUGACACCCACAUCUCAAUGCCCUGCAUCUACCGCCAGUCCCCCGUCUACACCCUGCCUUACCUGGCCCGGCAGGGAGGGCCCACACGCAGGUCUGAGCCCCAGUACAAGUUUGUUGAGGAGAUCAUUACUGAGACCACCAGAGACAUGGAGAUGUCCGAGAUCGAGGAGACAGGCUCCGAGGAGACGGACGGGGGAGAGGGAGACGAGUUGAGACAGAAGCAGGGAGAAGAGAGUGACAAAGCUGAGAGGAGGAGUGGGGAAGAGGUGGAUGAGGAGAAAGAGAAAAAUAGAGGUAAAGUGGAUGUUGAAGUGGACGACCCAGAGGAAGAGGGUGAACAGGAGGAAGAGUCUAAGAGACAGCAGAUGGUAACAUCAGCAGAGGUCGAGGUAAAUGGAGAUGGAGUUAGCCCAAGCGAGGGAGAAAAUGGAGAGGAGGAAGAUGAUGAAAGAGAGGAGGAAAAGGGGGGUGAGCCAGAUGCAAUCAAAAAGACAGAGGACAUUGACAGAGGUGAAAAUACACAAAGUGAAGUCAAAUCAGCUGAGGCCACCAGUGAGGGAGAGAAGGAAAAACUGGACAAAACAGGGAAGCUAGACAGCGAGAUAAAGGAGACAUUAGAAAAAGAUGACACCCCUAAACAUGACGAAUCCCAACCAGAGGUUCCCAUGAAUGGUGACAUCUCCAAAGAACCCAAAAAGGUGUCAGAGAGAAAAAAACAAAGCCCUUUAAAAGAGAAGAAGGAGGUAGAUCUGAAAGAGGAGAGUGCCCCAACUGAGCAACAACAAGAUAGCCCAAAAGGAAGUCCCAUCAAAGAGAGAAAAAAGGUAGAUCUGACAGAGCAGAGUGCCCCAACACUGGAGCAGAAACCUGAUCAGAAAGAGCACAGAGAGUCAGACCAACCUCAAGAGGCAGAGAGUGCUGUGACAAUACAAGAAGAGGAUCUCCCUGAGCCCACAGAGAAGGACAUGGAAUCCCCUGAUAUCACUGCAGAGCUGAAGAGCAGUUCAACCAAGGAGCCAGUGGAGCAGGUGAAGUCACCUGAUGAUUCUGGUGUAAAAACAACACAGGAUGAGAAAACUAUAGGAGGUAAAAUGCCAGACAGAAUUCUCAGCACAACAAGUGAGUGUAAGGAAGAGCCUGUGCAAAAGACUCCUAAAAAGGAGGUGGGUCCGACAGAACCAGAAGUGACCAGCAAGGAUGAUAGUGUAAAAACGGUUGUGCAGAAUGAAUAUAAUGUCAGUGAAAAGGUCACAAAAGAUGUCUCAAUGGGUGAGGAAAAAGUGAAAGAAUCUGAGACAUCCCCUAAACCGCACCCCAAUGUGACUCCUAAAGACGAAACAUCCACAAAACCGGACCAAACUGUCACCCCUAAAGAGGAGACAUCCCCACAACAGGAGCCAACCGUAACCCCAAAAGAGGAGACAUCCCCUAAACCGGAACCCACUGUCACCCCGAAAGAAGAAACAUCCCCUAAACCGAACCCCACUGUCGCCCCUAAAGAGGAGACAUCCCCUAAACCAGAACUAGCAGUCACCCCUAAAGAAGAAACUUCCCCAAAACCAGAGCCAACCGUCACCCCUAAAGUUAUCCAUGUGAGGUAG